AAUUUCACAAUCUGAUUCUUCCUCUCUCUUAAUUCUUGAGCACUUCUUUCUCUUUCCAUAAUGGAGAAUUAUCCAACGAUAUUUCAGUCUUCAUCUUCAACCGCAUCUGGUUCUCAUAUGUCUAUAUUAAACAUGGCAAAUUCUCAUGCAGCAGCUGAAUUUCAAGAUCAAAAGUUAAAUGGAUACUUGGGGCAGAUGCCACCUCGUACUGAAAUUCCUAGUUUAGACAUGACUGAUAUUGUUGCUCGGAGGAAUAACCUUGUAGAUGCUGGAACCGCAGGCAAGAAAAUUAAGGUUGAGAAGAAAUCUCGAAAACCUAGGUAUGCUUUUCAGACAAGAAGUCAGGUUGAUAUACUGGAUGAUGGGUACAGAUGGAGAAAAUAUGGUCAGAAAGCUGUGAAAAACAACAGAUUUCCAAGAAGCUAUUAUCGUUGCACGCAUCAAGGGUGCAAUGUUAAGAAGCAAGUUCAAAGGCUAUCUAAAGACGAAGAAGUAGUAGUAACAACAUAUGAAGGAAUGCACUCCCAUCCAAUCCAGAAAUCCAUGGAAAACUUUGAGCAUAUUCUCAGUCAAAUGCAAAUUUACACUUCCUCUUAAGUCCAAAUCAUAUUCCACAGUCAUAUUUAGAAUUAAAAGAACAUUUUGUAUACCAGAUAUAUAUUUGAAUAAUCUGUACGAUCCCCUAAAACGUUAAAGUUAGAUCAUUGUGAAGAACUGAAAGAAUAGUUUAAUUUAUUUGGUUUUUUCUCAGUGGAUUAAUAACAGUGUGUUUGUGUUAAAAUUA